AUGUUGGAGAUUAUGGAUCGCUUCCUGAUAGCAGUGUUCAGUGCUAUAGAAUUUGGUCAAGCUGUGGAAAAUGACACACUGAAUGUACUCCCACCAUCUCCUUUGCCUGGCACAAAUAUCAUGAUGCCUUACUUUCUUGUAGGUGAUGAGAUAUUUCCUCUACGUCACAAUUUGAUGCGUCCAUAUUCUAGACGAAAUCCAUUAACUGAGACACAGUGUAUUUUUAACUAUAGACUUUCUCGAGCUCGGCGAAUUAUAGAAAAUGCUUUUGGAAUUUUAUCAACAAGAUGGCGUAUCCUUCAGACUUCAUUAGCCCAACUUCCACAUUGUGUUGAAAAUAUUAUAUAUGCAACAGUAACCUUACAUAAUUUUAUGAAAAGGGAAGAACAUCAACAAAGGUUUAAGAAAUAUUGUCCUCCUGUGUAUGUUAAUCAAGAGGAUGAAAAUGGAAUUACGAUCCUAGAAGAAUGA